CGCGAGUUCGGCCGCUCUAUCCGCAAUAUGCGCUUGGCUAGCAGUCCUCGCGCUCAACAUAUGACGGUAACUGCCCAGCCGCGAUGACUGCUUCGGCAUUCGGCAACCAUCAGAAGGUGGAGUACUCUGAUUCAUAGCACGCUUUUGCGGCUCUGUUGGCCUGCUAUAAUAUUCCCCUAAUCCCGUUCCUGUGUCUCUACAUCUAGUGAGUGGUAUGAGAGUUUUCUGCUCUCGCAACGAUGAGUGCCAAUCCUGAGAUACACCUAUCUCAUCCUCCUCCAGAUUACGCCGACGAGAAACCCGAACAUGAUGAUCACAAAAAGUCCCCAGAUGGCUCCACAAACAUUUCACCAUCUCGCACUUUGUCAUCAUCCGGCGACAUAACAUAUCACUACCUGGAUUUCGAUACACCAAUUCCUCGUCCCACAUACUUGUCAUCGCCUUACGAACUUCGGACCACACCUCCAGCAGAGCCCGACCUCAAAAAAUACGAGUCACCAUUCAAAUGGUCAGAGAGCAGAAAGCGUGCCAUAACUUGGCUCUCAUGCCUUGCGACAACUGUUACGGCAUAUGCGGCGGGAAGCUACACUGCCGGUGAUGAGCAGAUGCAACAAGAGUGGGGCGUAUCGAGGGUUGCAAUCACUGUGGGCGUCACAAUCUUCACCACCGGUUUUGCCAUCGCACCAAUGAUACUGGCCCCCUUCUCUGAAAUCAACGGUCGUCGCUCAAUGUUUGUGGUCACUGGUACCCUAUAUGUCAUCUUCCAGGUCUGCUGCGCCGUUACCCGGUCCUAUGGAGGUAUGCUAGUGUCACGAUUUCUCAAGGGUUGCGCCUCCAGUACAUUCAGUACUAUGGUUGGUGGUGUAGUUAGUGAUAUCUAUCACGCUGAGGAUCGCAACACUGCCAUGGCCCUGUUCUCUGGCGCGGCCCUUUUUGGCACAGGAUUGGGACCCCUUGUGUCCUCAUUCGUAGCUUACCACACGACGUGGAGGUGGAUCUUCUACUUGCAGGUUAUCACCUGCGGCACUGUGCAACUACUCGUGAUUCUUUUCUUCAAGGAGACAAGAGGCUCGGUAUUGUUGUCUCAGAAAGCCAAAUGUCUCAACAAAUACUACGAUCAACUGGAGGCAGCAGGACUCUCGGGCGUCGACAUGCCCAUUGACUCAAUUUCAGCAAAGACAACUUCGCAAAGGAUACGUUGGAAAGUCAAGAGCGACGAAGAGCGCGCUAGCCUGUUACAAAUGAUCAAAAUCUCACUCGUCAGACCUUUCCACCUUCUUUUUACAGAACCCGUCGUGUUUUUCUUCAGCCUUUGGGUCGCCUUCUCCUGGGCUAUCUUAUACCUCACCUUCGGCGCCAUUCCUGUAAUCUUCACAGCGUCGCAUAAUUUCAACCUCUACGAAAACGGAUCAGUGUUUGCUGCAAUCAGCGUCGCAUCAAUUAUUUCCACCAUCAUUUCAAUUCUAGGCGAGAGGUGGACAAAACGACGUUUUCCACAUCUUGGUGACUCACCAGAAGGUCGCUUAUACUUUGCAUGUGCGCAGAGCAUCUUGUUACCCGUUGGACUCUUCUGGCUGGCAUGGACUUCGGGCAGUAACGCGCACUGGAUCGUGCCUACUCUAGCAAUCGGCUGCGCAACCAUGGGCAUCUUCAGCAUCUAUUUGGCCGUGUUCAACUAUCUCGCCGAUACAUAUCAUCGAUAUGCUAGUUCAGCAUUGGCGGCGCAGAGUUUCUGUAGAAAUAUGCUUGGAGGAGCGUUUCCUCUCUUCGUGCCGCAGAUGUUCAGGGCGAUGACUUUCCAAGGCGCAGGCAGUCUUUUGGGAGGCAUUGGAGCAGUAUUGACUUUAGUUCCUUUUGCGCUCUUGAUCUGGGGACCCAAGAUUAGAGCUCGAAGUAAAUUUGCCAGCGAGAUCAUGGAGAAAUGACAGCCGUAGACAAUAGGAACGAAUGAACGACACAACCAUCGAGUUCACACAAGUUCCUUUCGAAUAUGUUGAGAGAACGUCGCACGCAGCCACUUCAAGACGCAGAUUUUCAGAGGAGUACGCAAAGUAGGCAACACUCACAAUUUAUGUGGGCAUCGUGCAAAGGGUCAAGAAGAAGUGGUUUGAGACAAGAAUCCUUCCGCAUGUCCUCGCAAACGCUAUGAAAGGGGCUCCUCCAUCAGAGGAGCAAAAAGGAAAGCAAAUCAUAACGCCACUUUGCAUACCAUCGUAAGCUCCUAAGAGACAAGUCUAGUGGACCGUGACAGGAGAUUCUCUAACCUCCACCAGCAGCAAUAGCGCGAAUGACAGCGCCCAAGUGAUCCUUCAGUGUAGGG